UUAAGAUAAAUAAUAUGAAACAUUGGUAUUGGUAUUGGAUAUUGUUAUUAUUUUUUGAUGUUAGCAUUCAAUCAAAUCCUAACAUUAUUCUUUUCCUAACAGAUGAUCAAGAUCUAAUUCUAGAUGGAAUGAGGCCGCUAACAUUUGUUAAUAAAUUCUUUGAAACACGUGGAUCUAUAUUCACCAAUUCGUACACCGCAUCACCCCUCUGUUGUCCUAGUCGGGCUAGUAUACUAACCGGUCUUUAUGUACAUAAUCAUAAUGUGGUUAACAAUAGUCGGGAGGGACAAUGUUCCGGAACUGAGUGGAGAGCGACCAUUGAAAAACGACACACCUAUCCACUUUACCUUAAACGAAAAGGCUACGACACAUUUUACAUGGGGAAAUAUCUAAAUGAGUAUGGUGUUCAUAAUGAAAAGGAUUCGGAAAGAUAUUACAUACCGGAUGGCUGGACCAAUUGGUUUGCUUUGGCUGGAAAUUCUAGAUACUAUAAUUACACUAUCUCUAAUAAUGGUAAACCUCGCGAUUACAAAGAUAAUUAUGAAAAGGACUAUCUACCAAACGUCUUAAAGAAGAAAGCUAUAACAUAUAUCAAAAAACGAUUUUCAUCUGAGGAAAAGCCAGAAAAUGGCUUUAUAAUGACGAUUGGCCUUCCUUCACCUCAUGAACCUUGGGAUUAUGCUCCUCAAUAUAAAAAUAAAUUUCUCAAAAAAUCGGUUCCAAAAUUUGCAUCGUUUAACAAUAUAACUACUAACCCUAGGAAACAUUGGAUAGUUAGACAGGCUAUGAACAUCCUAUCUAAUAAGACGGUGGUUCUCAUAGAUGAAAUUUUUCGAAAAAGAUGGAGAACAUUAUUGACAGUAGAUAAUAUUUUUAGUGCUGUAGUUAAGGCUUGUAACGAAUCAGACAUUUUGGAUUCUACAUACUUCAUAUUUACAUCUGACAAUGGCUAUCAUUUGGGACAAUUUGGCUUACCUUACGAUAAACGACAACCAUACGAAUUCGAUAUUAAAAUACCUUUAAUGAUAAGUGGUCCUGGAGUAACACAAACUGAAAUACAUAAAAUAGUUUCAAAUAUAGAUCUCGCUCCUACUAUGUUGGAAAUGGCGAACAUAGAAUACGAAAAAGAUAAAUUUGACGGGGUAUCUUUAUUGAGUUUGGCUCGAGCAAAUAAACCCCCAAAAAGAAAUUCGAUUCUUAUAGAACACUCGGGCGAAUAUAAACCAAAACCAAUCCAUGGGUGUCCACAAUACGGAAACAACUCCAAAGGAUUGUCGAUGUGUGACAUAGAUUGUGUAUGUCAAGAAAGCCCAAAUAAUGCUUACACUUGCAUAAGAACCAUUUCCAAUGAAAAGGAUGAUAUCUACUGUGAUUUUUAUAAAGAGAAUCUGGCGGAGAGCUAUGAUUUAAUCAAAGAUCCCUUUCAACUAAACAAUUUAGCCAAUCCCAAAACGUCUCAUAAUUUACAACAAAUAAAAUUUAUAAAUAAAUUUAAGCGAUGUCAUGGCAUCAGAUGCCAUAAAUUUUCCUAAAAAUAUAUUCAAUUAUAUAAUAAUCGAUUAUUUCUUGACCCUCAUA